CUGAAGUAACCGGGAUAAGCGAGCAGGAUAGUGCAGGGACUGCAAGCAUUGCAAGCGCACGGAACCUAUUGAACUAUUUAUCUCAUAAAAGGAAGAGUACAUUCUAUUUGAAUAUUGACAGUUUUCCUUCAAACUUGCAACAAAAAUGACUCAGUUUAACAGGGGACCAGCGUACGGUUUAUCUGCUGAAGUAAAAAGCAAGAUAGCUCAAAAAUAUGACUCCCAGAAGGAGGAGGAGCUGCGUGUUUGGAUUGAGGACGUCACUGGCAUGCCGAUCGGGGGGGAAAGCUUCCAGAAGGGCCUCAAGGACGGGGUUAUCCUCUGCGAUUUAUUUUUUUCCCAGCUGGAGAAUCUUGGGAAUUUCAUCAAAGCCAUUCUGGCCUAUGGGAUGAAGCCUAAUGACAUCUUUGAAGCAAAUGACCUCUUUGAGUCUGGGAACUUGACCCAAGUCCAGACCUCACUGUUGGCCCUGGCAAGUAUGGCGAAGACCAAAGGCAUAAAUCCAAAGACUGACAUUGGAGUGAAAUAUGCAGACAAACAAGAAAGGUGUUUUAAUGAAGAAAAGAUGAAGGCUGGCCAGUGUGUUAUUGGACUGCAGAUGGGAACUAACAAGUGUGCAAGCCAGGCCGGUAUGACUGCAUAUGGGACCAGGAGACACCUUUACGACCCAAAGACACAGACGGACAAACCAUAUGAUCAAACUACCAUCAGCUUACAGAUGGGGACCAACAAAGGGGCAAGCCAGGCUGGAAUGGUUGCUCCAGGAACCAGAAGAGACAUCUUUGACCAGAAGGCGGCGCUGCAGCCAGUGGACUCCAGUACCAUCUCACUACAGAUGGGAACCAACAAAGUGGCCUCACAAAAGGGCAUGAGCGUGUAUGGGCUGGGCCGGCAAGUAUACGACUCCAAAUACUGCUCAGCCCCCACAGAGCCUGUAAUACACACCAACGGAAGCCAGGGAACAGGAACAAACGGAUCAGAGAUCAGUGACAGUGACUACCAAGCAGAGGACCCGGAGGAGUAUGAUGGCAACUAUAAUGAUGAAUACCAAGGGCACUACAAUGACCAAGGCGUAGAUUAUUAGGUGACGUAGUCUGUAGAGAAAAACAGUAUUAACCCAAUGUUUUAACUACCAAGCAAGCCUUUGGUAUGUCUGCUAGUCUUCUUUAUCUUCUGAUGCCUAAAGUUUAAAAAAAAAAAAAAUUGCCUUAUGUACAUUCCUAAAUUCCUCUAACCUCAACUUUGUAUUUUGUGGUCAAUUUAUCUGGUCACCUUUUAGUGCCGUGUGCUGUUAUCAUAAAGCAAUAUAACUUUAAAAAAAAAAAUCUUGUGUCCUAUAUAAAGUAUGGAGUAUUUUUGUGUUCUUUCCCAUCUUACUAUUCACUUUGGCAAUCUCUGCAGUAUCUGUACCACUUUACUUUCUCAAUGUAGUUUAUUUGCAGUCUUAAUUUUCAGCAUGCUCAGUUCUUAAAAAGCACAUUUCAUUAAAAAAAAAAAAAAAACAAAAAAAAAAAAAAACCCAAAACACUACUUAUCACAGUGGAGUAGUCUUAAGGUACUUUUUACCACAUUGGGGUAUGGUAAUAUUUUUGUCCAAAGUUUGAUUCAUGUCAUUGUGGCUUGUGACCUUACUGCAACUCUGAGGGCUAAUGAUGGAGAAGAAGAAAACAAAAAUGAUAAAUUGUGAUUUCCUCUGUCCUUGACGAGUUAGUUUUGAAAUCACUGGAACUGUGUGUUUUCAAAUCAUGAAGAAUGAAUGUUUUAAAGUGUUUUGUUAUAUUCGUUGGAACUGACCGAACUAUUUUUUAUUAUAAAACUUCUGUUUUUAUUGAUUAGUCUUGCAUUGUUGUAUGUGCCAUACUCUACAUGUAGAACCUUUGCCUUUCCUUUAAGUGUAUUUAUUGCCAUGUCUUUCGAUAAACUUUGUGUAUGGUUCAUUUUAUAAAUAAAUGUUAUGUUAUAAA